GGAAAAAAAGAGGAACAGAAAAAGAAAGCGAGUAAAACUGAUAAGUUCAAUACGAAAGGAAGAAAAAGAUAAGCAACUCAGUAUCCCUAGCAUAGGUCUUAAACAUAUAUAAACCUUGGGGGUCAGGUAAUAAGCAUUUGACAUUUCUAAGUGAUAGCUAGCCUCUAGCAUAAAGUACCUCUUAAAAAGAUGCGAAAAACAGCGCAAGCGGAAGGGAAAAUAUGAUAACAACGGGCGUUAUCUUUUUAAGUUCUUUGAAGUGGAAAGAUUAAUUGCGAAGAAGACAAACGAGACACAAAUGUCGCUAAAGUAGUGCCUUGGAUUGGUCACCCUGUGGUAUCGCGCGGUCCUUCUGGGAAAGCGAAAGUAACGCCUGGACAUUUUGAAGUUCAAAAUGGCGGAUUGUUGGUAAUCUUGUCAAACGCCUGAAUUAUGCGAAUUUGUUACAAAAAUAUAACUAAAUAGCAAAGAAAACUUGUCCUUUUGACAAUGUCAAUCGUAACUCUCCAACUUGGGCAGUGCGGAAAUCAAAUAGGACGUGAACUUUUUAACCUUUUGGUCGAAGAUGCGAGCCACAUCAACCCUCGCUAUAUAUCAAGGGCAAUGGACAGAAAAACGUGUGCAGAGUACGAAGAAGAGUCCAUUGAAAGAUUCUUCACACGUACAGAAGACGACAGUUUGAAUGCUAGAGCUGUGUCGAUUGAUAUGGAAUCAAAGGUCAUAAGUCAAACCAUGGCAGAGGCGCACAAAUCUGGAAAAUGGUCCUACCCACCUGGUCAACAGUUCAGUCAAAAAAGAGGGUCUGGAAAUAACUGGGCACAUGGUUUCUGUGAACAUGGACCGAAGUCUAUGGAUACUAUUUUAGAAAUGGUCCAMAGAGAAGUAGAAAAGUGCGACCGUUUUGAUGGAUUUUUGACACUUCUGAGCCUUGCUGGAGGAACUGGAUCUGGAGUUGGAGCUUUUGUGACCAAUUCUCUUAGAGACUUUUUUCCUCAUUCGUUCAUUUUGAACCAUGUAGUAUGGCCAUUUGGAAUGGGAGAGGUAAUCGUGCAGAACUACAAUGCUAUAUUAACUUUAUCUCAGCUCUACAAAUCCUCAGAUGGUAUAAUUAUUGUGGAGAAUGACAAACUACAGACAAUCUGUUCAAAAUUAAUGAAUAUAAAAAACAUAUCUUUUAGAGACAUUAAUAAGCUUAUAUCACAUAAUCUUGGAAGUAUCUUACAGCCAGUUAAGAUUUUCAGUGCUUCACAGAGUGAUGCAUAUUUUAAGAAAGUCAUGUCUGUGCCCAGUUUAUUGGGAGAAAUUGUGGAACAAUUAUGCCCUCAUCCAGAGUACAAGCUGUUGAGUCUAAGAAAUAUUCCUCAAAUGGCUGAAAAGUCACUUGAAUACAGCUGCUUUAGUUGGCCUGGACUUCUUAAACAUCUUAGGCAAAUGUUGAUUGCUGAUGCCAAUAUGGAGGAAGGAAUUGACUGGGAAGUACGACUGCCUACUCAAGUAAUUCCCGAUUCUCAAUGCACCAAUUCAUUUCUUCCAUCCAGUCAACCCCUGACGAGUAAGUUUACUAAGUCUAUUGCCAAUAUGAUCGUGAUGAGAGGAAAAGAUGUUCACUUAGCAGAUCCUUCAGCUUUCACAGAUCCUAACCUUUAUGUAGACUGGAUGCCUCCACUUGCUUCAUCAACAUUAAGGUGUCAUCCAAGACCCUUUAAUAACUAUGAGAAGUCAGCAACGUUGCUGAGUAAUAGCCAAUCCCCUGUCGUAUCAUUAAAUACUGUCGUUGAAAAGGCUUGGAACAUGUUUGCUUCAAGGGCAUAUGUUCAUCAGUAUUUAAAGUUUGGGAUAACUGAAGAUGAGUUUGUUGAUAGCUUUGCUUGCUUAGAGCAGGUGAUAAAGAAUUACUCAUCAUUGUGAUAAUACUGUAUCAGUAUAUAUAAAUUAUGUACUUAUGGGACCCAAGAUCAGCCUGUCUUUUUAAGCUUUAUGAGGUUUAGGAAAAAAGGUUAAAUUGGUAUCGUAGUGCAUUGUGGGACUGACUUUUAAAGCCAUUCUCGAUCACACACGCCCUCUAGUGAUGGUUUUUGUCGUGAAGGUUUUGGUGGACGUCAAUAACAAGGUGCUUCCAUAACGCUGUUCAAAAACACAAAGCUAUAAGGGCACAUGCCUAUAGAAUGUCAUGGAAACGACUUGAUUGACAUCCACCAAAAGCUUCUUCGUCGUGACAGAAACAAUCACUAGAGCGGCGCAUGUGAUCGAGAAUGGCUGUAAGGGAUAUAUUUUUAAGAUGGAAUCUAUUUUGUCUCAUAACACAGUUCCACCCCCUGAGAUGAUAAGGUAAAAAAAUAACAUGUCAGAAUAUCUUGGAGGUGUUUGAAGGAUUUUUUAUUAUUAAUACAUUAGUUUUUUUUAUAAUUUGUUAUAAAUUUCUCUUUCAAGUUUAAAUCAACACUUCAUAGCCUGGGUACAGCUGAACGUUUCACUCAAGAGUAAAGUCUGGCUGUAUGCAGGCUAAAAUCUUUCAGAUACUUUACUAGUUAAAAUCAUGUUGUUUCAAUAAAUUGAUAGAGUAAAAUAUAUAGCCUGCUUGCAGCUGAACUUUUCACUCAAGAGUAAAGUCUGGCUGCAUACAGGCUAAAAUCUUUCAGAUACUUUACUAGUUAAAAUCAUGUUGUUUUAAUAAAUUGAUAGACUAAAAUAUUAUUAAUAAAAAACAUUUUGAUUGACACAAA